AUGAAGCAGACGUUGCGAGCAGGCAUAAACUUCCUCUCAAAGAAUGUCGUGAACAUCGUAAUUUUGCUAGUGUCCAUAAGUUGUGUUCUCCUAUUUGUAAAAAAAAAUAAAGAUGGUAAAAAGAAAGCAGAAGAUCUGUUUGAACUUUAUAUGAAGGCGAAUGAAAAUGAAGAAUUGAAGGGGGAGAAGGACGAUUGGCAGGAUGGAGGAUCCAUGGAGAAAGCCUUCCUGGAUGAAAAGAGCAAAACGUUGAAGCUGAGUAAAAUUAUAAAGCUUACCAACACGGUGAAGAUUUUCAUUUUUUCCUACCCAGGGGAGUAUACCCAUUUCGGGUUAGGGAUAUGUAAGCAUAUAAAAUUUAACGGCCCAAAUCAACAGGGGAAAAUAAAAGGCAAAUGGAAUGAUAGGGAUGACAGAGAGAAGGAUGCCAAAGAGAUUUUUCGAAGUUACACUCCUAUUUAUGUAGAUAAUAAGAAGAAAGAAGUUCACUUCGUCAUUCGAAUAUACAGCCCGGAUAGACAGUUUGUUGAUGGUGGCAAAAUGAGUGUCCAUCUGGAAAAAAUGCGGAACGGUGCGAUGGUUAAUAUUGCGGGUCCGUUUGGGGUUUUAGAUUAUAAGGGGAGAAACAAAUUUAGUUAUCUGUCCAAAGGUGUGCAGGUUAAGAGGCACAUCGUUAUGAUCGCUGGGGGAACCGGCAUGACUCCCUUUUUUCGGCUGAUAAAGCACAUGCUCCUGUUUGACGUUAGGGAGGGGGAGCAGCCCUUCGUGACGCUCAUAUACGCCAACAGGAACGAGGAGGAGAUUCUACUCAAGCAGGUUUUUGACAAGUACGAGCUGGCCUUCCCACGCUUCAAAGCAGUGUACAGCAUAGACGAGUGUCUAGACUCCACCAAAAGGGACACGUUCGAAAAUGUAGGCUAUCUAACGCAGGAUCUUUUGCGGAAGUAUAUUCUCAAGUAUCAGAAGCUAGACAUCGAAGUUGUCAGAAGCGACACGCUCAUUUUGAUGUGCGGCCCACCCCCCAUGACGGCUUUCCUUAAGAAGAUUCUGAAGGAGGACAUUCAAAUGGAAAAUGUCAUAACGCUCUAG